CCAACCUGCCAGGGGUGAAGAUGCUGCGCUCCAACGCAGAGGGAGCGUCCCUGAAAGGCUGCAGCUCUGAGGACCCAUCAGGCCUUCAAGCUAAUCUGGAAGGUGCCAACCUGAAAGGAGUGGCCAUGGAGGGCAGUCAGAUGACAGGAAUGAACCUCCGAGUUGCAAUGCUGAGAAACCCCAAACUAAAGAACUGUAACCUCAGGGGAGCAACGUUGGCACGAACUGAUUUGGAAGUUGUGACCUCCAGGAAGCCAAUUUGAGGGGCUCUGAUGUGAAAGGAGCCAUCUUUGAAGAGAUGCUGACCCCCCUGCACUUGUCCCAGAGCAUCAGAUAGGGAAGAGAAGAUGUC